AUGAACAAGCCGCGUGAAAAAGGAGACAAAAAUCUUGGACGAAGUAACUUUAAAGGUAGAGGCAAGGAAGCAGAAUUUCGUACCAAAAAACAAAAGAAUGAACUGCAUAUAUUGAAAAUGUCCCAGGAAUGGGACUUAAGAAGGCAGAAGCGACGAAUGGAUCGGCAAAAAUGGGUCGAAGAACGACGAAAUCAGAAAUUGCCCAUAUGGCAACGAGUUGGAAAUCUGCGUGUCCAGGCAAAUGAGGAAAUCGCACAUGAUACUAGAAAUGAACUUGUAAACAAGAAACAGCAAAUUAUUGAAAAUUCAAAUGAAGCAACUCAAUCCCGAGUUUUAAAUCAGGAUGAUGAAGUGAAGGAACUUUCAUUUGAAACGCGAGGAAAGGACCUAGGGAGCGCGCUUCUUGCUCAAGGUUCAAAAGGAACGAGCUUUAGAGAAAACGCAAAGACGGACACGGCCGAAAUAAAGUUUAUUGAAAAUGAGAAAGUUAGAACAAUGGGACAGCCGUUACUGUACAACGUGAGCACGUUAAAGACAUUAAAAAACUCGACGCAAAUCGCAGAGAAAAGACCCAUCGCAGCGUUCAAAACGCCUUCAAAGGUAAGAUCAUGUAAAAUUUUUAUCGCGGAUUAUUUACACAAGGCUGCCAUAUUUAAGAACAUAAAGAUCAAUAUCCGAGCUGGUUAAUAUUUGCAUACAAGUUCCCCGGUAAGAGAAUUCUGAAAACUGAUAACGCGCGCAGAGAAAAAUAUGCGGAGAGUAGUUUUUAAUCUUCUCAUAACACACGGUUUUGAUUUUUUAAAAAAACCAUAGUUGCACCUGUUCCAGUUUUCAGAAGCGAGACGCUUUCAUUCGAUUAACGUACGUAUGGAAGGUAGAAUUUUUGUUUUGAGCUGUUGUAUAUUUUGCCUAUAAUUUGCGCCCUACCGAUGCUGUAACUAAUAGUGUUAACCAAGUUAUCUCUCAUUUUUCACUCACGUUUUUCAGUUUCGUGUAAAAGGUUUUUAUUUAUGGCACUAUUAAUUGAAAUCUCAUUAUCUAAGUCUAAGUUUCGCGGUGACAGAGGAAAAGAAAUUAGAUGCCUUAGAUCAAGAACAUGUCACGGUUCAAAGUCUCCUUGCCAACUUAAUCAUAAGGUUCUAGCAAAUGUUUGAGUCUCAGGAAACAGUACUUGAGCUGAAAAUGAAAGACAAAUGAAAAAGGUACAUUAUACCUUGUAAAGGCCAGGUUACACUCGCCGUUUUGCCGCGCGAUUUUUUUUAGCGAUUAUUGCAGUACGCAGUUUUAAGGAAUUUUUGAUGCGAUUUCCAAUCUUUAUAUAGGGUAUAUAACGGUUACCGUAAGUUUCAACUGAUGUCAACACUCAUCCAAGCCAAGGAGGCUUUUGGUCACUCUCGAGCAGAAAAUCACUGAUAAAGUGCAUUGAAAUUCCAACAAGUUUGAAUUAACGAUGAUUGCGCAGCGACAAAUCGCCAUGAAAUCGCUAGUAGUUAGUUACAUGCGCAAUUUCAAGUCGCAUCUGAAUCGCAUUACUGAAAUGAGGCAAAAAUCCGGCAGCAAAUCAUCUGUGUCAGAAAAUGAGCCUCAAUGUGUUGGUGGCGCCGCGCAUUUUGCCUACCACGAGGUGCUAGAGGACAUAAACGUUGUCAUGACAAAUGAUCUUUUUUCGGAUCUUUCAUUGCGUUGGUGGUGAAGAAUCCAUUUUAUAUGAAAACAAAAAUCCGUUUCCGUACUUCCCCCCCCCCCCGCAAAAAAAAACCCACACACUUAAACAGAACUUUCGCGUGGCGUUUUCAUUCUCAUUAGACGACGUGUCGCCGCAGAUUUUAUUCAUAGAAAGACGGGCCCGCGACCUUUUUCGAAAAAUCAACCAAUGAGAAGUAAGUCCAAACCCUCAAAUCUUUUGCCGCUCGCCAUACUUGCUAUCGGAACAGCGAUUUUUUAAUUAGAAUUGGUGGCCUUUCAACAGCGAGCCUCAUUUGCAUGACUAGGUAUAACAAAGUGGUACACUGAGUGGUACAGUAUUGAAAAAGCCAUUCAAAUUUAAUCAUGAAUUAUUUAGUUUAAAAAAAUUAUAAUCACUGCUUAUUUUUAGGCAUUUAAAGGAGUAGUCAUUGUGACUACUUUGUCUUUCAGUUCUAAGCAUGACGAGAUGACUUUAAUUGUUUGAGCGUUUUUUAAAAAACCAAGGUAUUCUGAAUGCGGUAGAGAGACUUACACAGCACCAUGCUGAUUUUAUCGCGCGUAUUUAUUUUGAGAUAUUAGUCUAUGCUUUUAAAGGCAAUUCACAGAUUAGCACCUCUUAUAUUAGAGCAUGAUUAAAACAAUGAGUAUUUAGCCGAAGCCAUCUUAUUGGUUGAUCCAAUAAAAGUCUGUUGCUGCAGCGGUUCAAAGUAAAUAAACAUCUCCAGCUUCGAUGUCGAUGUUUGAAGGGAAUUCGUUCAAGCUGGGUCUCAGAUCACCUCCCUUGCAUCUGUUUAAUCGUAACUAACCAUACGCUGCUGUUAUUUUUGCAGUCUCUUAACAAUCAGGCUGGCGAACAUCUUGACUUUAGAAAGUCCUCAGAAACAGGUACUACUUACAACUGUGUGGAUUGUGUAAACUGAUGUUUUCUUCAAGAUUUUGUAAUUUCUUAAUAAGCAAUUAUGUACACGUAUAACACUGGCCGAAUAUUAGCCAGACCUGAGAAGGAACACGGCCAAUAUCUGGCCAUCCUUGAGCAAAUACCUUUGGCCAUGAAAGGGUUUUAUUAUAUGGCCAGAAGAAAGCUUUCUUGCGGGAACAAAGCGGACAAUCUCUCGAGUGCAUGGGCAGCUAAAAAUCCAUCUUUUCCGCUCGAGUAGGUAACAACUGAAAUUACAUUUUUGCACGCAGAUCACUUGGAAUAUAUUGAAUAUGAAAAUAACGAUCAUUUCAAUUUGAAAUACGUAAGAAAUUCUUCCAAAUUAGGGCUUUGCCUGGCUUAAGGGUUCUCGCAUGUAUUUACGAAUGAAACCCGAAGGGGAGGGCGUGGUCUUCAAUUGGUUUAGUCUGAAGGCAGGCCGUAUGCAAAGCAGAGGAUUUUGGAAAAAAUGAUUGGCAGCACCGCAAUCUAAAGGUUUUGAGACAGGAAAUGGAUUUUUGGUGUCUAGACUAGAAACCAGGGGAACAACAUCGAAGGAACGAAGAUCCUCGUUGUCUCGUUUAGUGUUUUAACAAGAGUAUAUGCAGAUUUUGGUCCGCCUCUCUUAUGGUGUUCCAGACGGAACGUCAAUGAUUUUACCCAUACAAAUAUCGCUUUGGGUCGUGAAAAAGUGAAGAAAGAAGGAGAUGAACGGAAAAGAGGGAACCAGGGGGUUUCAGGUUCCCAGGGGCAAACCCCUCCCCUGCAAAAAAAACUUAUUAAAGGGAUUCCCCCGGGAAUUGCUGGUGGUUAUAUAGCCUCCGCCUUGGACAGAAUAAAAUCAAAAUCAACAGACCACGAUUUUAAUCGUAAAAAGUAAAAUGUUAAUAUCAGUCAUCCCCUCUGGUAAAAUGAUUGUUAAUCAAAUUGACUUCGCAAUAUUUGUUAUCAUCUGUUACCACGGGAAUAUGAAUAUAUUUAUUUGCUAACGCGACCAAACUUUGCCAGAAAGAAUUAACAAAUAACAAACGAUGCACGUGGCGGAGAGAAUCUUCUCGACUUUUGGUGCUUUAAGCUAUCCGCUUGGAAAUGGCAGCUAGAUUUAAAGUCCUACGUUCUUAUUUCACAGGGCCGGAAAAAGCUGGGAACAGCAAUGAGGCAAAUCCUGUCGCAAUACAAAAGCUUUUACGCCUGGAACCAACAAAUGGACAGCCGGAUAGGACAAACAGAAAAAGGAAGCUAGAGGCUAUAUAUAUUGAUGGUGAUAUCGACGAAAUGGUAGGCAGAUCGAAUGUGCAUGAAGUUCGCGUUUUUUUUGAUACCUUAAAAUUUGCGUGGGAUUCGAUUACAGCAUGCUUUGCGCAAAGAAAACGAAUGCGUUGCUGUAAACUCGGUUUGCAUGAGUGAAGAAAAAUUCAAAAAGGUGUUUGAAAUGAAUCCCCUAAUUAUUGGAGUUAAUGGAAAUUUUCACCGGGAAUGAUGUUCAAAAGGAAAAUUAUCAAAGAAAAACAGACCGCGUUCGUCGAAAUGUAGUUUUGUUUUUGUGAUAAUAAUCCUCAUACAAAAUGUUUAACCAAAUUUUUCAUCCUUAUAAGUAUCUAAAUUCUAAGUUACACUGAAUUUUAAUAUGAAGCAUUAUCAAUGGCUUAGAAAACAUUUGAUGAUGAAGUACCUUAACGCUCACCGCAUAAAUUGAACAGUAAUUUUAAUUUAAACUUAUCAAUAUUUUUUUAUGCUCCAAUUUUACUAACUUUACCAAAUUUUUGAAAAAUAAUUACUGACGAAGCGGGACUCGUUAUGCUUCGAUUGCUAUAUUCCUUGACGAUACAGUUUUGAGCGCCUUUUAUCGAAGAAGAUCUAUAUACAGCUAUUUCGAGAAAGGUUGUCGGAAAAAAUGUGCACGCGACUAUUCCCAAAGGUAAUAUGGAAUAUGCAGAAUACACUGCUCUUGACACUGUAGCUGUCGAACCUACUUUUGUUACUUUCCUUUAGCACCCGCAGACAUAUGUCCAUAGCCUCUCCUGCCAUUCUUUCAAAUUUCUUUGAAAAACAGAGAACUCAAACUACCACCCACAAAACCCUUCAGGGUUGUCGCGUGCCGUUUACCCGACAACUGGCUUCCCCGAAAUAGCUGUGUAUAUAUAUAUAUAUCCCUGACUUAGCUCAGGGCUAUUAGAGAAGCUUGGAAUGAUUGUUCGUAAAAUUUAAAGUGUUUUACACUUUAGCAGUUUGGAGACCUAACACUGAACCAAGCGAAUUUGGUAAUUUAUACACUUUUGACACUUUGUCGUCACAAAACAAAAGAAAAAAGUAAGGACGAAAUUAAUACAAAUAUUGGGCGAAUAGAACUUUUCAAAGUGAUCAAGCUGAGUUAUAACUGGUCUUGUUUCCAAAUCAGUGCGUCGGCAACUUUCGCUUUUCACUUGUGAUCCAAAUUAAAAAAAAAAUCGAACACAUUCGUAAAACAUCCGAUUGGAAUAAGGUCAUUUCGUGUGACUUCGACAGUUUAUGAAAAUCAGUCAGAACUCCUAUUAAAAAGCAGUAUUUUAGAUUAUGCCCGCUUCAUAGCAACGCCAGAAUGAUUUUAAGUAUUUUUGCAUCUGCAUUUAACUUACAAAUACAAGGGAGAAGAAGAGUAAGGGAAAAAACUAUUACACAAAAGGGAAGAUAGAACGAAUAAACAAUUCGUCUUUCUUGGAGAAGCAUAUCGCGUAAUAAAAUUUACAUAUAAAUUACAAAUUAAUUUUUUCGAAGCCGGCAAUAUAUACUGUAAACCCUCGGGAAGAAGAUUGGUUUCUUCUCACCGACGAUUUAAUGUAGAUAUUGUAUCUGAUUUAUUGACAACUCUUGACAUACAAGAUCACGGGAGGCAGACUGGAGACGAGGGACACGCCCUGGGAGGGGUAGGAGGGGAGGCAUACCCUCCAGAAAAAUUUUACAUCUAGAAGCUCCAAAACCGGGUUAUCUUCAGAAUUUUUCAUCACCUAUUUUUUCAGAAGAAACUGAUUAAUCUUGUUCGACUGAAGAUUAUUUUAAAACUAAACAUUAGGGCCAUUUAUACGAGAAAAAAUAAGACGCGAACUGUACCAUUUAUACGAGCAUGUCUUAUCUAAGACGAGAACAGCUCGUAUAAAUGGUUCGCGUCUUAUUUCUGUUCUUGACUCGUUUUCAUGUGAAUGUUGCCCGUUGCAACGACAAUCCAACGUGGCGCGCCAAAAAUUAACGCAUGCGUACUAUGGGUUCGCGUCUUAUGUAAGACGCGAAGGUCAUUUAUACGAGGUUUUUCUCGUCUUAGCUAAGACGCGUCUCAUCUAAGAACAGGUGUUAAGGGCUGUUCUAAAAUAAGACGCGUCUUAGCUAAGCCGCGUCUUAUUUUAGACGAAAUGCGUCGUUUAUACGGAAAGUUCGCGUCUUAUUUAAGACGCGUCCUAUGUAAGACGCGUCUUAUUUUUCCUCGUAUAAAUGGCCCUAUUAUGUUCUGAACCAAGUCUUGUCUCGUUCUGAACUCUUGUUAGCUAAGGCUCUGUUUUCAAUACAGAUUUUCUUUUCCGGCUUACGUUUUCGCCUCACCGAAAGCAGCAUUGAUGGAAAUAACUGUUCAUUUGUUACCCUUUGCAAUACAAAACUGGUCGUUGCACUUAAAAAGAGCUUUUGAGAGUGAUUAAUCUUCCUUUGUAAAACGUCUAAAAGCCGGUCAAGUACAUUAAUGGGAGGGCAUGUUUCGCACGGUAAAAUUUUACAAUAAAAUGAUUGCACCAUAAUUAGUUUAAAGAGACUCUAAACUAAUUAGUUAAUUAACUAAUUAUUUAUAUGCAUUCAUUUUUCAAUAAUUUUAGCCUUCUCUCAUGCGUGUUGACAAGCCAACGACGCUGGAGAGUAUAGCAAGAGAAAAUGGGGUAAGCUAGAGAAAGUCUGUCCUUUGUUCAUUAAAGGUUUGCCUGCACGCCUGGUAAACUCAGAAGGGGAAUGGGAAAGGAAAAUUCGGGGGCGCGCAAAACGAGAAGGGAGCGCGUUCUUCGCGUUUUAGCACGCGCAACUUCCUUUCUUCCCCUUCUCCAUUGCGCUCCUACCACGUAGGCUAUACAGUGUUCGCAGUUUACUUGCCCCGGGCGGAUCUAGGGUUUUUGACGCGAGAGGUGUAGCUACUAGUACCAAAGGAAUAACAAGUUGGAACUUUUUACCUAUAUUUUCCACAAACUUUAUUCUGGAGAGCCAACCUGACAUAGCGGAGAAAAGAGGAAAAUGGGAAAAGGACUUUUUCUAAUUUUCUUUAUUUUAAUUUACUUCUGCUUAAUUACAAUUUUUAACGUUUUCAUUUUAUAUCUUUUUCUAGCCGGUCACGAUUUCAAGUUCUGCGAAUAGUGCAGUAGUAAUAAGACCCAGUCAUAAAAGCGUAGAUCAACCAGAAAACGAAAAAGGUACCUUAUUUUGUUAUCUUCAACCUACACCAACUUUGUGGAUAAGAUGCAUGCUAUCACUCCAUUUAGCUAGCAAAUACAAUUUGGCCUGAUCUUAGUUUACCUCACAUGUCAGUUGCUGCUACCUUAGUGCAAAACAAAUGGCUAGCCAAUGAGAGUUGUUGGCAAAUUAGGACCACUUUUAAGACUUUUAAAAGCGUCACAAGAGAUGAAGUUACCAUGGCGUCAGUCUUCACUAGCCUGUUUAAGACACCCUUAAUGUUAGCUUUAAGUGCCUAGAACUCAAAAAUUAGUUUCGUGUCGACUUCAGUGUUUGUAAACUCAAAGUUUGGUAUGUCAAGGUGCAAUUGUUUAAUGGGGCAAUGUCACGCUGUUUGCUGCCUUCGCAUCAACUGAAUUCAAAAACUAAUGACUCAAUUUGUAUAGGUAAUAGCAUGAUUUGUAGUGAUAUUUGGCAUAAAUACCACGAGUGAUAUUUCGAAAUUGUAAAUUACGUAUAAGUAAUUUGAGACAAUUUUGAAAUAUCACCAGUGGUAUUUAUGCCAAAUGUCACGUACAAAUCAUGCUAUUAUUUGUUUAUACUACUACCCGCAAAAGGUUUGUAAUUUUCACGAGUAGGUAUUUCAAAUUAAGCUGAAAUACCACUGCUCUUAGCCAAUCAAAUUGCAGAAAUUUCUCAUGUAGUAGUAUAAUGUGGCUCGCGCGCACAAGACUCUUACGCCACGCUUUUCCGAUUUUUUUAAUGAUUUUGAGAAAAAAAAAACCCGACUGUUUUGCAGUCUAAUGUCAUUUAAGACAUAUUUUUUAUCUAUUUUACUGUUUCCUGCCGUCUGUUGCAACGUGGGAUGGCAAGUAUGAACAUGGAUUGAAACUUUUUCAAGUUUUAACGCUAUCCCUACAAAAAUCCUCCCAAAACUUAUUAUGGUUUGUGCUCCUUGGGGAAGUUUGUUUGAUAUCUUCAUUCUUAACUCUACAGGGGCAUUCUAUGUAUGGUUAAAGCCCGCGGGGGCACUUGGGUAUUUUUUGGGUGGGUAUGUGCCGCCCGCGAUUCCAAAUUGGCACCCCGUUUUGUAAAAAAUUUCCCUUAAAAUUGAUACCCCGUUCUAGAAAUGGGCCAAUUUUUUAUAUCCCGUUCUAGAAUUCGCCCUAAAACUGAUACCCUGUUCUAGAAAUGGGCCAAUUUUUUAUACUCCGUUCUAGGGUGCAACAAGAGUAUAACAGUUUGCUUGUUAACGCAUUGAACCGUAUUUUUAAAAGCAAUCUGUCCUUGAAUAAUUUCAAAUGGCUGCUUAAAAAAAUGGAGCUUUCGUGAGUUCGAAAUAUUAUACCCCGUUCUAGAAAACGCCUCUAAAAUGGAUACCCCGUUCAAAACCAUGAGCUUCAAAAUCCCGAUCCCGUUGGGCGGCACAUACCCGUAUAGGUAAUGUAUGGGAGUACCCCCCCCCCCCGGCGGUUAAAGGCACUAUGUAAUGACUUCAGCACAGAAUUGACCUAAAACAACAAUAUCCUUGUGACAUCGCCCCUUUAAGAUUAGCCAAGCCCUAAUCGCUCCACGCCGCUCGACGCGACAGUAGGGAGCGACGAGAUAGAGGCCUCUGUAUUUCCAGAAUCUCUCAACUGAUGAGCGCAAAGUAGCGUUUCUUUGUGGGGGGUGAAAAAAAAUUACGAAACAAUAGUGUCAACGAAAAGUAUUCUUAGGGCCUGUUUACAUGGAGUGGGGGACCCCGGUCUAGUGGGGUUGGUUUCUUUUGUUUUCACGCUUUGGGGGACACAAAACAAAAGAAACCUACCCCACUAAACCGGGGUCCCCCACUCCAUGUAAACAGGGUCUUAGUGCUCGUCACGCUUUCCUCUCUGGACACUCUUCACCCACCUCUCCCACAUGAGCUUUGCGGCCUGAUGCUAUUUGCCACGACGUUGCAGCAGUGUAAAAAUGGCACCCGGCGUUCCCCUUGAGGCUCACCCGGACUGAUUAGUUCUACAGUAGUUAUACAGUUAGUUAUACAGUAGGUCUGUAUUUUCUCUUUUGUUUUCAUUUUAUAGAAGAAGCUAUGCCACAGAUAAAGCAGUGCUAUUCCCUGCAAAAUCGCCGCGACGAAACUCCAAACUUUAACUUCUUCGCAGCUAAAAAAUCUCCUACAAAAUCUAGCCCAGUUUCGAUUUGCAAGACAUCACCGGUAACCAUGACGACCACAUCAGCCGCGGUUAAAGUUCAAGUAGCAAUGCCGUCGGUUCCUGUCGAUUCCAAAUGUAUCGUUUACUUAGCGAAGGCCCCAGUCCCAUCUCCCACUCCUGGGACUCCCACUAACCCCAGGCCAGGUUACCUUUUGCCUGUAUACAAGACAAGCACCAGAGAAGCGGCUUAUGCAUUUGUGCCAGCUGGAGCACAACGGACGCACAGGGUGGGGGACAAAUCGAUGUCACCACUGGAGGGACGUGCGCCUAAUCAUGUUAGAAGCGAAUGUAGUCUGAACGGCAGUUGUACGACAGUUGGACACUACGUGACCCGCCCUUAUCCUAGUCCGAACUCAAUGACUGCCUUAAAGGAAGUGCAUACUGGGUGUGUUCCCGCUACAGGGAAGCUUCUGUCGGGUUCACAGGCGCCACCCGCACUGUACAGUGAUCAUAUCCAUUCCAAAUCAAGAGUUCACUCAUGCUGCGACUUAAUCAGCGAUGCCAGCGCGUUAAAUCCUUCGCGGACUGACUCGGUCAAUACGACUGGAUGCUCAACAGGCGGCAGCAGUAAGAACUCCUUAGUUAACAUUCUGAAAACGAUAACUACACACAGCGUCGGUCUAUCGAGGGGAAGUGCGAUUCCGCCCAGCUCUGCACCGUCGCUGGUUCAAGAGAUUUCAGGCGGCACGCUAUCAGCUUCACAAGAAAAGCCUCCUUACCCGCCUCUAUGUCGAAUACAGGAAAUUGCGCCAAACCAAACGGUGUUGAACAAUCAGGAAGCCAUUUUCAACCCGAUGUCGGUCUAUGUUCGGGCCAAGCUGGUUCCGCGAGAGGUGGUGGCGGUGAAUCAAGGAGUAGAGCCCAGUCCUCCACUGGUCGAGUACAUAAAGACUAAUGCAAUAUGCGACAAGGAGCUGACGAAAUGGAGCGUGAAAAAUGUGGCGGAUUUCAUUGCUGCUACUGAUUGUGCAGAUAAGGCGGAGUUGUUUUUAGAGCAGGUUUGUAAUACAAUCUGUGAUUUUUGCUAAGACGUCAAGGAUGGGUACCGCCAAAGCUGAGAGAUUACACAAGCUGAUACUCGCACUCAUUUUUGUAUUGCGCUUUAAAAAAAUGUAUUGAUAUCAAUUUUUUUUCGAAUUUGAUUUUCCUUCUUUCAACUCAGCAGACUUGUGUUCAUAACAGUACUUUCAACUUUUGCACGAUAAAUAGAAGUUCCUGUAAAAGAAUGGAAUAACUACAGACUACGGACCAACACUCAGGGUCUUAAAAAACUAAGAUGAAAGCGCUGCCUUCAGUGACAUCUGCAAACGGUUAGACUUUCUAGUCUUCUUGGAUAAGGACGAAAACCCGUGGGUUCCGUCUAACAGCACUUUCACUUAGCUGGCUCUUGUGGGACGUAAAAGAAUCCUAAGUCUGUUCGAAACGAGUAGGGGAUGUAGACCCCGGUGGUGAGGCCAACCUUCCCUGGGAAGGGUGGGUUAUCUGUAAGGAGAGACCUUAAUACAGGGAUAACCUCAUGAUCUUUCUUCAGGCGUCGUAAUGGCUUCCUGCAAAUGGUGUAUGUUUAUGUGGUAUAGCUUCAUUCAAUUUGAUGCAGGCACCAGUCUUAAUGCCCUGCGGUGUUCUCGAAGGCUGAUUUAGCAACAGAACAGGAACGUCAGUUGACGACGGUGAGCGCAAAUCAAACAACUGGCUUGACCAAUGGCUGAGCGGCAAAUUGGGCACCGGAAGUAGAGCUUAGUCCUUUCCGCACGCUUUCCCGUCGUCAAAUGACGUUCCCGUUCUGUUACUCAAUCAGCCUAAUGUUGCAGAUAGUGGACGCACGUCAAAGACGUUUAAUCUUUUAUCUCUCAUAUAAGAAAAUCCGGAUUCCGGAAUCUGGGAAAUGGUUGCUUGUGGAAUCUGGAAUCCGUAAAAUCCGGAAUCCUAGGCUUUGGAAUCCGGGAUACAGCUUAAGGAAUCCGAAGCCCCACUUACGAUUGGAUCCGACAAAGAACCCGGUAUUUAGUACCUGAAUCACUGCGUGGGAUACAGAAUCCAAGACUGUCUUGGGUUCCCUUAAAUGGGCAACUUUUGGGUGAAACAAAUAGCUCCUUUUUGUACGUGUCAUGAACGAUACAUAUAUAGUGUGCAUCUAGCAUAGUAACGAGUUUUCUAUCCGCAACAUUACACUAAAAUUGGCAUACCAUGAUAAUCUUAUUCCUCACAUUUUUUCUUAUCCUAAAGAACGUAAAAAGUGUAUACCCUGCCUUGUAUGCUGUAAUUAAGCCUGUCUUUCCCUUUUUGAAAGUCAAAAAGGUCUGAUUUUGCCAUGUUUUAUAAUUUGUAUUUAAUUUUUGUUCCGUUGUAGGAGAUUGAUGGUAAAGCGCUGCUUUCAUUGUCCCCUGAGAUGCUAAUGAAGGGAAUGAACUUAAAACUAGGACCCUCAGUGAAACUCUACAAUCACAUCAUAAAUUUAAGAACGGCCUUGUCGCUUUAAAACUCCAGUCUCAACCAGACCAGCAAGCGAGGUCAAAAGCUGAUCGUAUACAUUCACAUCUUUCAUUCACAAGCAUACUUUCUCUUCCAAACGGAAUCUGAACAUGCCCGGUUCUAUUUAUAGUGAAACGUACGAAAAUCCCCGGACGAAGUAAACGGAC